AUGAAUAAUUCAUUGGAUAAACCAAAGGUCUCCAAUUUGACCAAGAAUUUGCAACAACAGGGACAGCUGGGACAACGAGGACAACUGCAUCCCCAGGAUCAUAGCUCAGAGCACCUUCAAGAACAACAAGAACAUCUUCAACACCAACAAGAACAUCAAUAUGGUGAUAUGCCAAAUCAAGAAUUCUCACAUCCAAGUGCUAGUAGUAGUUUAAGUCAAUUCAAUAACUUGAACAUCCAUUCCCUCCCCAACAAUCCCCCUAGCUAUCAGUCCAUUUCGGCCAAUUCGUUCCAGAAAAUGAAUUCAUAUUCCAAUUCACUUUACUUACCAUCGACUCAUAAUACACCUAAUAUAGUAGGGACGUCGUAUUCAUCUAAUAAUUCAUAUAAAUAUUCGUUUCCGACUCAUUCAGUUACUAAUGUUCACGGUCAUGGGGUGAGUCAGAGCCAGGGUGGUCAAAUGGGUCAAAGUGUUGGUCACAGUGGUCAAAAUAUGGGUCACAGUGGACAAAGUGGGCAAAAUAUGGGUCCUCAUUCAUUCAGUCAUACUUCAUUCGGUCCUGGACUCAGUUCAAGUGGUCCAAAUAUCCCGUUUACUGGAUCCAUGGGUAGUUCAAGUGUAGGUCCUAGUUCAGGUGGUCAUCCAAGCAGUUCAAAUGUACAUCCAGGUAGUUCAAGUGUGGGCCAAAAUUCAGGUGGCCCAAAUUCAGGUGGCCCCAGUUCAAGUGCCUCCAAUAACAUACCAUUUACUGGAUCUGGAUCCUUCAGCGGACCAGGAUCCUUCACCGCCAACUAUUUACCUGACCACUACAUGACAUACCAUGAAUUCUUCCACAACCUUUCAUCAUCCUCCGAUGAUCACCUCAAUAUCAUAGACUACCCCGUUAAUGACCUCAUCCUUAUGUUAUCAUGUCUCCUCACCAAAAUAAUCGAGGCUAACGAUAAACUUCACCCCAACCAUUUCGAUAACACCAUAGCUAUAAGGCAAAAACUUAAACUGGGCGACGAUGAAGACGAUGAAAUGAAAAAUAAAUACCUCGCCAAUGUCCUCGCUUUCCAUGGUACCAACAUCCCCGGCAUAUCGUUACAUGCUUAUUUAUCAAGAGUGCUUAAAUAUUGUCCCGUGACCAAUGAAGUGUUCUUAUCUUUACUUGUAUACUUUGAUAGAAUAGCUAAAAAGGCCAAUAACCUUAAGAAGGAUAAAGAUCAAGAACAAUUAUUCGUAAUGGAUUCCUAUAAUAUUCACAGACUUAUCAUUAGUGGAAUUACCAUUUCUUCCAAGUUUUUCCUGGAUAUCUUCUAUAAAAAUUUGAGAUAUGCUAAAGUUGGGGGUUUACCUUUAGAAGAAUUGAACUAUUUAGAGUUACAAUUCUUACUAUUGUUAGAUUUUAAGUUGAUGAUAAGCGUAGAGGAUUUACAGAAUUAUGGGGAUUUGUUGUUGAGGUUCUGGAAACGAGAACAAAUCACCAAUCAGUUGAUUAAUAAUGAUAGUAUUAUAGAUCAGAAUGUUGGGUAA